AUCCGGCGGAGAGCUGUUUGAUCGGAUAGUGGAGAAAGGAUUUUACACAGAGAAAGAUGCCAGCACUCUGAUCCGCCAAGUCUUGGAUGCUGUCUACUAUCUCCAUAGAAUGGGCAUUGUCCACAGGGACCUCAAGCCUGAAAAUCUGUUGUACUACAGUCAAGAUGAGGAAUCCAAAAUAAUGAUCAGUGACUUUGGAUUGUCAAAAAUGGAGGGCAAAGGAGAUGUGAUGUCCACAGCCUGUGGGACCCCGGGCUAUGUUGGCUCUGUGGCUACCCUCCUUUUUAUGAUGAAAAUGAUUCCAAGCUCUUUGAACAGAUCCUCAAGGCAGAAUAUGAGUUCGACUCCCCCUACUGGGAUGACAUCUCCGACUCUGCAAAAGACUUCAUCCGGAAUCUGAUGGAGAAAGAUCCAAAUAAAAGAUACACUUGUGAGCAAGCAGCUCGGCACCCAUGGUAAGAAAAGUCACCCACGA